AUGUCCCAAUACAACCAGCCACGCCCUCAAGAUCCCAACGCUAUCCUAAACCAGUGCAGAGACGUUGACCGUGGAAUCGAUGAUGUAAACCGAUAUGUUGACCAGCUUAGCACCCUCUACCGCCGUCUGCUCAGUGAUGUCGACCCUGCUCGUGAAAAUGCCGUCCGAGAAGAAGUCGAAGACCUUGCCAACCAGACGAAGCGCCUUUAUCGUAACUUGGUCGACCGGGUGAAGUCUAUCAAGCAGAUGCCAGAAUCCGGAAGCCCACGCAACUCCUCCCAGGUUGGAAAAGUUGAGCGUAGCUUGAAGGCAGCCAUCACACGAUACCAGCAAGUUCAGGCUGAUUUCCGAAAAGAGUCCGAGUCGCAAAUGGCCCGACAGUACCGUAUUGUUCGACCGGAUGCAACAGAUGCCGAGUUGAUCCAAAGUGACCGCCGUGGAGAUGCCCAAAAGGUGUCGCAGAUGGUUCGGGCCAGACACGAGGAGAUCCAGAAGAUUGAACGAGACUUUGUCGAAUUGACACAGAUGUUCCACGACCUUGAGGCUAUGGUUAUUCAACAAGAAGAACCCAUUGCUCACAUCGACCAGACCGGUGAAGAAGUGCGGGAGAACGUCGACAAGGCCAAUGAAGAGAUUAAGGGCGCUAUUGAUUCCGCCCGUGCUCGUAACAGAAAGAAGUGGUGGUGUCUUCUCAUCUGUCUCCUUAUCAUUAUCAUCAUUGUUGUCGUCAUUGUCGUUGUCGUCGUUAUACAAAAGAAGUAG